GAGGGAGGGACAGAACAGACAGCAGACACCAUGGAGUCCCCCUCAGCCCCUGUGCACAGAGGGUGCGUCCCCUGGCAGAGGCUCCUGUUGGCUGCCUCACUCUUAACCUUCUGGAGCCUGCCCACCACUGCCCAGCUCACUAUUGAAUCAGUGCCGCCCAAUGCUGCCGAAGGGAAGGAUGUGCUUCUCCGUGUCCACAACCUGCCUGGGGAUCUUGGAGGCUUUAUCUGGUACAAAGGGGAAAUAGUGGACAGUGACCUUCAAAUUGUAUCAUAUGUAAUAGACACUCAAACAAUUACCCUCGGGCCCGCAUACAGCCAUCGAGAGACAAUAUACCCCAAUGGAUCUUUGCUGUUCCAGAAAGUCACCCUGCAGGACACAGGAUACUACACCCUACUAGCCAUGAAGAAAAUUUAUACCAGCAUACAAGUAACUGGACAGCUCCGUGUAUACCAGGAUUUCCCCAAACCCAACAUCACAAGCAGCAACUCCAACCGUUGAGGAAAGGACCCUGUCCUGUCAAUGUGUGAACCUCAGGUUCAGGACACCCCCUACCUGUGGUUGAUCAGCAGUCAGAGUCUCCCGGCCAGUGCCAGGCUGCAGCUGUCCAAGGACAACAGGACUCUCACUUUACUCCCUGUCACAAGGAAAGACACAGGACCCUAUGAGUGUGAAACCCGGAACCCCGUGAGUGCCGACCGCAGUGACCCAUUCCCCCUGAAUGUUCUCUAUGGCCCUGAUGACGCCCCCACCCCCACCACCACUUCCCCCUCAGAGGACCCUUACCUUCCAGGGGCAAACCUCAGCCUCUCCUGCCACUCGGCCUCUAACCCGCCUGCACAGUAUUCUUAGGUUAUCAAUGGGAGGCCCCAGAAACCCACACAGGAGCUCUUUAUCCCCAACAUCACUGCAGGUGAUAGUGGAUCCCACACCUGCCUCACCCAUAACUCUGUCAUUCAUCCCUAUAGGACCGUGGCCAAGACUAUCACAGUCUCUGAGCCCGUGGGGAAGCCCGCCCUCCGAGCCAGCAAUGCCACAGUCACAGAGCAUAAGGACACCGUGGUCCUGACCUGCCUCACAAAUGACAAGGGGAUCUCCUUCCGGUGGCUCUUCAAGAACCAGAUUCUACCUCACAAGGACAGGAUGAAGCUGUCCCAGGGCAACAGCAUCCUCACCAUAGACCCCGUCAGGAGGGAGGACGCUGGGGGUUAUCAGUGUGAGAUCUUCAACCCCAUCAGUUCCAGCAAAAGUGACCCUCUCGAGCUGGAUGUACAAUAUGAUCCAACACUACCAAGUCCCGGCCUCUCAGAUGGGGCUAUUGCCGGCAUCGUGGUUGGCGUCCUGGCUGGCGUAGCUCUGAUAGCAGCCCUGAUGUACUUCCUGUGUAUCAGAAAGACUGGAGGGGCAAGCGACCAGCGCGAUCUCACAGAGCACAAACCCUCAGCCUCCAACCACAGUCAGGGCCACUCUGACAGCUCACCUAAUAAGCUAAAUGAAGUUACAUAUUCUUUGCUGAACUUCAGUGGCCAAGAAUCAAAGAAACCAACGUCAGCCUCCCCAUCCCCAACAGCCACAGAACCAGUUUAUGCGGAAAUAAAAAAGAAGUAAUGCAACCAGCCCUGCUCAGCACACUGCUGCCUGAUUCCAAGUCUCAUCCCAUCACUAGGAGACCCCGUUGCCCUCAGGGAAAAGGAGAGGAUGCGACCACACCCUGGAAGAGCACACCUGGAAAGCCUCUUUCUCCCCCUCACUCUGUCAUGAGGCAGCUCCAGGCUCCUGGUCACAGCCCCUCCCUUUGGUGUCAGCAGGUGAAAGGGAGUCUGUAGGAAGCCCAGUCUUCCUUUUCAUUAAAAUUUGUCUCAUUAAAUUAGUACUAAAACCAAGAAAGUCUAGAGAUGGCUCUUUAAAAAGCAAACUUCUGACUGAAUUAUUAAGAAGAAAUGAGAGUGAUCACAAUAAGCAAUAUUAGGAGUAAAAAAGGAAACAAUGACAGCAGGCAAUAGGAGGACAUCAGGAGCAUCCCUAUUGCAAAUAUUUGAAAGAUUAGAUUAAAAGGAAUAAAUACUUAGAAAAA